AUGAGAGCAUAUUGGUACGAUAACGCUCCUGGAGACCAGCGGCUGCCUCAUGAUUCGGGACGGGAGGUAGCGGCCAGAGAUCUGGAGCGACUCGGAGUGCUGUACUUCCGGUAUGCGCAGGUCGAGGACGUUGAUGCGCUAGCGCAGGCGCGGGGCUAUAAGAACCGGGAUGAGAUCACGGUCUCGCCGGAGAAGAUGGGCGUUGCGUACGAGGAUAAGGUGCGCAUGUUCUUCCACGAGCACCUGCACGAGGACGAGGAGAUCCGGUACAUCCGCGACGGCCAGGGCUACUUCGACGUUCGCGGCAAGGAGGACGAAUGGGUCCGCAUCCAGCUCGAGAAGGACGACCUCAUCAUCCUGCCCCCCGGCAUCUACCACCGCUUCACUACUGACCAGGGCAACGUCUUUGGCGGCACCGGUCACAUGGGCCGUUCGCUGGUCAAGUGCGCGCUGGCGCGGGGGGACCUGGUGACAGACGUGGGGCGGACGUUUGAAAGCACGCCAGAGGAGAUGGCAAACCAGCACCAGCACGAGAACUGCCUCGGCCUGUUGUGCGACGUACGGGCGCGGGCGAGCGUUGCGCGGGUCAUCGAGCGGACCCUAGAGCGAUUCGGGCGCGUCGACGUCGUGGCUAAUUGCUCGGGGUACGGCGUGAUUGGUGCGUGCGAGGACCAGGACGAACACGAGAUCCGCAACCAGUUCGAGACCAACUUCAUGGGCACGCUGCACAUCAUCCAGGCGAGCCUGCCCUACUUUCGCCAACAAAACGCAGGGAGAUACCUCAUCUUUAGUUCGACGAGCGGCGCGCUUGGCGUGCCUGGACUCGGCCCCUACUGCGCGACCAAGUACGCGGUCGAGGGCCUCAUCGAGGCUAUGCUCUACGAGAUCGACGCGUUCAACAUCCGCGCAACGCUCGUCGAGCCAGGGCUCGUGCGCCGCGACGAACCCGACGCCCAGGAGAACCCGCUGCCGACCUGGGGUCACUUCCUCAUCAAGCCGGCGAGCGAGGCGUACGGGCACGCGACCUCGCCGGCGCUGCACGCGAAGCGCAUGGUUCAGUGGCUCGGCGACCGCCAGCCCACGAGCGCCGUCAAGUGUGCCGAGCUCGUCUGGCAGCUCGCCCACUGCUCGUACCCACCCCUGCGCCUCGUGCUUGGCAGUUACGCCAUCGAGAGCAUCCGCGACCGCCUGCGCUCCGUCACCGAGGAACUUGAGGACUGGAAGCAUCUCAACUACCCGGCCGCCCCGGAGGCCGAGGUCGGAGGCACCGCUGGCCCUAAUAGCACAGCCGGAGCCGGAGCCGGAACUGGGAUUGGAGCUACUACGUGUACUGGUUCCGUGUCCUCCUCAGCGACAGGCACAGCUACCGCUACAGAGCCCGCUGAAGGAGUGGGGUCGACGACGACUAUGGUAGACGCCGAUGCGGGAAGCAAGGCGGAGAAGGAUGAAAAGGAUGACGACGCGGGCGAAUCGAAUGAAGAAGAGAUGGACCAGACUUAG